AUGACGUCGGAGAAGAAGGUGACAUUGAAGACUUCCGAUGGAGUGCUCUCUGAGGUCGAGGAGGCUGUUGCUAUACAGUCUCAAGCCCUCAAGCACAUGAUUGAGGACGAUUGUGCAUCAACCACGAUUCCACUGACAAAUGUGGAUAGCAAGACAUUGGUGAAAGUGAUCGAAUACUGCAAGAGACACGCUGAUGAAACUAUUACUAGUGAGGAUCUCAAGAAGUUCGAUUCUAAGUUUGUGGAUGAAGAUCAAACGGUUCUUUAUGAUCUUUUAAUGGCUGCAAACUUUCUCGGGAUUAAGGAUUUAUUGAAUAUUUUAUGUGAAAAAGUUGCAAACAUGAUCAAGGGUAAGUCACCGGAGGAGAUUCGCAAAAUAUUCAAUAUCAAGAACGACUUUACUCCUGAGGAAGAAGAAGAAAUUCGCAAAAAGAAUGCUUGGGCUUUCGAAUGA